AUGCGGUUACUCCAUCGCCUGCCGGGGUCCGACCAAUUCGACUUGGUUGAGCGAUUCGGCGAGAAAAUCCCGCCUUACGCCAUCCUCUCGCAUACCUGGGGUUCCAACGAGGAUGAAGUCACGUUCUCGCAAUUACAAGAACACCAGGCGAAAAUUAUUCCUGGAUAUAGCAAGCUCAUCUUUUGCUCAGAACAGGCUACGAAAGACGGUCUCGAAUUUUUCUGGGUUGACACAUGCUGCAUUGACAAGAACAGUAGCACCGAAUUGACGGAAGCACUUAAUUCUAUGUUUAAGUGGUACAAGCAGGCGGAGAAAUGCUAUGUCCUCCUAUCCGAUGUAACCGUCGAGGGCCCGGUCAAGGAUAUCACUCAGAGACAAUGGGCACACAUGUUCCACAGCAGCAGAUGGUUCCAGCGGGGAUGGACGCUGCAAGAACUGCUUGCGCCAAAAUUUGUCGAGUUUUUCUCGGGGACUGGCGCGCGUCUUGGAGACAAGGUCACACUGCUGGAGGCUCUCCACUUUAGGACAAAGCAUUGA